AUGGCAGCCGAAAAAGCCUCCUCAAACUACCGCGCCUUAGUGGUAAACAGCAUCGGUGCCGACCUGCACAUAGAGGAGAGAGCCAUGCCCGACGCAGUCCCAGGCAGCGUCGUAGUCCGCAUCCUCGCUUCCCCGGUGCUUUCAUACCAGCGGGAUAUAUACGAUGGGACGAGAGCCUACCCGUUCUCGACACCCAUCGUAGGCGGCUGCAGCGCCGUCGGCCGUGUGGUGUUCGUCGGCCCAGAUGCCACGGUUCUGCAACCCGGCAAGCUCGUCUGGGUGGAUUGUGUUGUGCGCGGGCGCGAUGACCGCGACGCCGUUUUCCUCUGGGGUAUCCACGAGGGGUCGACUGCGAGCAGCAAGAAGCUCGCCCGCGAGGUCUGGCACGAUGGCACUUAUGCAGAGAUUGCCAGGGUUCCGCUAGAGAACUGCAUCCCACUCGACGAGGGCCGGCUCUGUGAUAACGGAAAUAGGGGCCUAGGUUAUUCCUCGCGCGACCUGAUCUACCUUUGGCAUCUUUCCGUGCCCUUCGGCGGCCUGCGGUCCAUCGACGUCAAGCCAGGGGAGACGGUUGUAGUGUGUCCUGCGACGGGCGGCUUCGGUGGUGCAGGCACGCAUGUAGCUGCCGCUCUCGGGGCCCGAGUCAUCGCCAUGGGCCGGAACGAAGAGGAGCUCGCGCGCUUGAAAACGUUCAUCGGGAAGGGGAUACCGUCAGCGCACAUCGAGACCGUGCACAUCACAGGGGACAAGGAGGUCGAUACCUCAUCCCUAAUGGCGUUCGGUACCAUUGAUGCCGUGUUGGACCUCUCACCGCCCGGCGCGGCCCAGUCAACGCACCUGCUUAGCGCCGUCGCGGCGCUGCGGAGGGGCGGGCGGAUUAGCAUCAUGGGCUCUGUUGGGCUGAACAUCAUCGACUGGAACUUUCUAUCCAACGACCUCGUUGCCAAGGCCAAGCUCAUGUACGAUCGGGAGGACCUGCUGUUGUUGGUGAAGAUGCUGGAAGCAGGUCUGUUCGCCCGAGGUGCGGGCCUCGUCAAGACCAAGCAUUUUGCGCUGGAUGAUUGGCAAGAGGCUUUUGAUGAGGCGACUACUUAUACUGGCGUUGGCCGUAUUGUUGCUUUCUCUCCUUGA